UUUAAUUACUCUCGCCAUAAUGUAGUCAGAUUUCACGCAACAUUAAACGUGGUCAAGAAGCGUGGCGAACCAAGAGUUCAUAAAUAUAGGCCGCUGCUAUUAUACCUAUUCUACAACUUUGAGGUGUUCGUUUGCAAUUUAAAAUCAAAUCAUGUCGAAAAAUAUUAUUUUACUUCUGUUAGUCAUCCAACUUUUGAUUACUACUGAGACUGCCCGAAGGCAUUUCAAUCUUGUGCUGAACAACGUAUCUUGUGACUCCUUCAGCGGCCUGGUAAAACGCUUUGAUUGCGACUUCAAGAAACUUGCCACAAGUCGCUAUGCCUUAAAUGCUAAUUUUCUAUUGGAGCACGAUUUGAACAGAAAUGCAGAGAUUCAUGCUCUGGUGUUCUUUACGCCGACAAAGGCCAAACGAUCUGUAAAAUUAAUGGAUAUUAAACUGAAUGUCUGCACCAUGCUGACGACGGCCAUGUCCAUUCCUUUGGCAAGGGUUAUUCUGGAAGAGGCCAGACGCACUAGUAACUUGCCCUAUGAAUGUCCAGUGAAGGAAAAUCUCUUGUACUCUUUCAAUAACUACAGUAUCAACGCUGAAACUUUGCCCCCCUAUGUGCCUUUGAUGAAAUUUAAUUUCUCUAUAUUCGCCUAUGAUAACCAAAAACUAAUCACCAAAUUUAUAGUAGAGGGCAAUACAGUGACAAGAUAGAGUAUCCUUGUGAGAAAUUAAAGAAAUUUGAUUGAAUAAAUCUAUUGUUUAAAAAUGAAA